AAUUCCACUUUUUUUUUCUUUCCCUUAAGCCUUCUCUUUCGCCAACCAAAAGCAUACAGCCUCAAAUCUCAAAAAUCCCUUUUUUUUAGCACUUCCAACAAUGGCUGUAACUUUCUCAAAUCUACACACUGAAUCUGGUCUCAAGUCUGUUAAUGACCAUCUUUCUGGAAAAAGUUAUAUUUCUGGAGAUCAGCUGACUAAAGAUGAUAUUAAGGUAUAUGGGGCAAUUUUGGAACAACCCAGUUCAGAUCUUUACCCCAAUGCUAGCAAAUGGUACCAAGCUGUUUCUGCAAAACUUGCCUCAAGUUUUCCUGGGAAAGCUGUUGGUGUGAGAUUUGGAAGCCAAGCUGCUCCUGCUGAAGUUGCACCAGCUAAGGAAGCUGCUAAGCCUGCUGCUGCUGAUGACGACGAUGAUGAUGAUAUUGAUCUCUUCGGAGAAGAGACAGAGGAGGAAAAGAAGGCAGCAGAAUCAAGGGAGGCUGCUAAGGCAUCGACCAAGAAGAAAGAGAGUGGAAAGUCAUCCGUUCUUAUGGACGUUAAGCCUUGGGAUGAUGAAACCGAUAUGAAGAAACUGGAGGAGGCUGUUCGCGGUGUUCAGAUGGAAGGACUUCUGUGGGGAGCAUCCAAGUUGGUCCCAGUUGGCUACGGGAUUAAGAAAUUGCAGAUCAUGCUUACCAUCAUAGAUGACCUUGUCUCGGUGGAUACCCUCAUUGAGGAACGUCUAACAGAAGAGCCUAUCAACGAAUACGUCCAGAGCUGUGACAUUGUUGCCUUCAACAAAAUCUAAGCGAUCUCGAUUUCAAGUCUUGGCUAUGGAAAAAACCUUGAUAGGGAGCAUUUCUUCCGAAUGUGUUCCAAGUAAUGUGAAUUUGGAUUAGUUGUACUCCAAUAUAAGUACUCUACAUUAGGUGGAAUCCCACCCUCCCUAAAAUAAAACAAAACAAUAUUUAGUAUAUUGGGAUGUAACAUGUACUAUAAAGUUAAGUUACUUUAAUGUUAAUAGGUAAUUUUAUUGA